GCAUGGACGUGUGCAAGCAGGGACGACGGCGAGACGGGCACAUUAUUGUGGUGAUGCUUUACAGUUUUGGGUGGCCAGGAAACUUUGAAACACUAUUUUACCUGGGUAGAUAUAUUUCGGCACAUCUCGCUGCAAGUUAAGUGUGAUGUUUUGGCUGCAUGUUGUAAAAACACUCUCACCACCACCACCUCCACCGACACAUCCUGUCAGGAGUGAUGGGUUCUAAGUUGACCAGACAGAGAAGUCUCGAUUUUGAAAGCAAAUUUUCCAAGAGAAGGCGGCAGAGACAUGACACCUCCGGAGAAGCCGAGAGAAGUGGCGGCAGAGGCGGGGGAGACUUCUUGUUUACCUCCCUGAUGCUCAAGUCCGACAAGCUCCCGGGGAUGCUGCGGAAAACCAACCACAGCCCUUAUGUCAGACGGGUGGCUUGGAUCCGGGAAAUCCAGAGGCUUCUCCGGGAGCAGAGGAUGGAGCAAGCAACUGAAGUGCUCAAACUGCUGAGAAAGGACUUGGGCCUCCAGGGGACGUCACUUAAUGAUAUUUUAUACAAGAAUGCAGCUUUUCUCAACCUGGUGGACCCCAUUUCUCAUGAAUUGCUGCUCAAUCUGGCCCGGGACUUGCAAUGUCCAAAGAGGGAGACUGGCUCCCUGAAGUCCACCAACAAGAUCUGCCGCCAGCUGAUUUACCACCUGACCCCUCACUCCAAGUGGACAAGACAGAGCGUGCCCAGGAGGAAGCCUCAGGCCUGCCUGAAGACCAUCCUGAAGAAGAAACUGUCAGGUGACGUGGUCAACAUAUCAGGCAUCCCUCUUUCCGGCCGAGAUGUCCACCGCGUGGCCUUCUACCUGCAGAGCAGCAGUGACGCGGUGUCGGCCGUGGACCUGAGCUUCACUGAGCUGCAGGAUGAGAGCUACCUCAGCCGCUUGCCAAAACUCAGCAUACUAGCUGUCAAUGGUAACCGUCUGACAGUAGCCAUCCUGAAAGACCUGACAGACAUAGUAAAAGACCCCAAGAGGUUCCCCAGUCUGGCCUGGAUAGACAUGGGCAACAAUGUCGAUAUCUUCACUGUGCCACAGCCACUACUUGUGGCCCUGCGGCGGCGCUUUGGCUUGCGUAGCAGCCUUCCCACCAUUUAUGAGUACAGUGAGGCGCAGGCAUUUGGUGGCUACAACCCAAACAUGGAGACUUCUGUGGAGGAGCCCAGUCUGUAUGAGGAGGGAGAGGAGGAUGAUAGAGAGGAGGAGGAGGACAGGCUGGAACUUCAAGCCUGGGGCUUUGGAGAAAAACACAUGUCAAAAAAUAUUCCGCUGCACUUCUGUGGAAGGUGAUUUACCAGAGUAGCUUUCUUUUAGACUGGUAGCCCCUUACAUCUCUCUGUACUGUAUCACCUCACCCAAAGUCUGGCCUCUUGUGUUGUGGCAGAAGAUACUUCCAGUGACCCACAUGUUUCUGAAAAUAACUCUUGUGUGUUCCUGCGGAUGUUCUGACCUCAGAAACUCUGAAACGCAUCUCAGACAGUAAGAGUAUAUUUAUAUGAAUCGAUUCAACCAUUGUUUAUCCAGGACAAGUUGAAUUGUACAUGAACUGAACAGGCUUGCUGUUAACCAGUGCUUCAUGUUCCUAAGGUUUCAUGCUUUCAAACCUUGAAGCUUCCCAUUUGUCUGGAAUAGUUGUGGGUUAAGUGGCCUGCUCAAGGUCACCUCAGCAGUGGCUGUUAAAGAAGGAAGGCGGGUUACAAAUUUGCAUUUCCCCAUCACAUUUAUCCAGCUGGUUUGGCUUCUCUGAUGACUUUGCCCUUGCUACUCCUUUCCUGUGAAAAAUCUAAGUUGAAAUCAACUAAAUAUCCUACUUAAGAAAUGCAUCAGUUUAACAUCAAAAUAUGUUUUUGCUGUGAUAUAUGUUGUAUGUUUUUAGUCAGAACUCAACUGCAGGGAAAUUAUGUUAACAUAAAAUAAUGCUUCCGAUUCUUCCUGGAUAUACUAUAUAUUCAGGAAUUAUAUUAACAUAACAGGUGAAUUGUGGUACCAGACAGUGAUGCAUACUGAAGAGUACUCACUUUCAUUGAAAUUCUGAGUGCCGAUGCUGCUUCAGUUCAUGUUGAUUUACUGAUGCUGCACCCACAUGGAGAGCAGUCUCGGCCUGAUAGGCACAUGCAGGACUGCAGACAACACACAUAAUGUUUGGGCGUGAGCUGCUGAUGAACUGAUUGCUGCUUCUGUUGGGCCUCAUUAAGUCCCUUCAGUCACAGAUGGCGAGCAGAUCUUUUUUCUUCCAGCAAACAGGACUAGCCCCACAUAAUUUUGUCCACUGUUGAUUCGUGAAUGAUUCUAUUUAUAAAUGAGACCAUAAGCAACAAGAAGGAUGCCCACUCCAGCUUUGAAAGGCAUCCACAGAAUUGACAAUGGAAGGAAUCAUAAACAACUCUGCCUGUAGCUUCUCCUUUAUGGUGCUACGGGAUUUAAAUAAGUCUUUGUUGUGGUGUGGAUAAGCUGCAACUGUUUCCUUUUGAGCAGUUUAAAGUUUUGAAAAACUGGGCACUUCACUGUAGUGUAACAUCAGACCCCGAAGACACACAUCAUGUUUACAUGUACGUUACAGUAAUAUUCCAAUGAAUUUGAGAUUCUUUACUGGGGAGACUUGAUACAAAUUGUGCAUGUGAACAUAAUAUCACAAGAGCCCAUUUUCUCCUGCCUACACGUUAAUGUGGUUCUGUUUUCAUGGUGUUAUUCAGGAAAAUCUGUUUAUUUGUAUUUACAGGGACAUUAAAAACAGGAUGCCUGGUCUGUGUGUGUGUGUGUGUAUGUUUGUGUAAGAGCAUAAUAAGAGUGUGUGCCUGUGGGCAUCUGUGUGUUGUCAUACAGAGUAAAUUACUACCUUUGAUCGCAGAAAUGAAAUGUUUACUCAUUUGCACUUUAAGGACAACGCGUCCCUGAAUACACAGGCUUUGUUGUUGUGGGAUGUUGCUGAUAUAAAAACUACUUACUGAGUGACCUACAUCUAAAAUAAAUGUUUUAUCUCUUUAUCUCAUUAUUAUUUCCUUUCUUGAUUUAAUAGACAGUUCAUUAG